AUGGCUCUGGUCGAUUUCUACCCAAGCAUGCAACCCUCUGCAGCGGAGGUUCAAAAUGGAAAAUUUUUCACACUGCCCAUCCGCCCUACCAAAAUAACUCAAAUCUUGAGCGUCCUCACACAUUUUAUUAGUGUAGGUAGAAAGAUGGUCAACGAUCAGGCGCAGCUCUUCGCCGAUCAUGCGAUGCGGCGCGGCGCGCAAGUGGAUUAUCCAGCUUUCUUUGCGCGAAACGAGACAGGUGGCGCACUGCUGGCACACAAUGACGCCAUGAUCAGCGUCGUAGCCAAACUGAUGGAGCGACAUUGUGCAAGGUCGCUCCACUAG